AUGGUAGUAAUAUUUCGUAUUUCUGCCACAAGUGAGGAGGUGAAGAAGGCUGGUGCUGGAGACAUGGUGCUGGGUCGAGGCUGGAGCACGUACUACCUAAAGGCUAAGACAGUUCGAUCCCAACACCUUGCUCCAGGUGACCUUGCUCCAGGCGACCUUGCUCCAGGCGACCUUGCUCCAGGUGACCUUGCUCCAGGUGACCUUGCUCCAGGUGACCUUGCUCCAGGUGACCUUGCUCCAGGUGACCUUGCUCCAGGUGACCUUGCUCCAGGUGACCUUGCUCCAGGCGACCUUGCUCCAGGCGACCUUGCUCCAGGCGACCUUGCUCCAGGCGACCUUGCUCCAGGCGACCUUGCUCCAGGUGACCUUGCUCCAGGUGACCUUGCUCCAGGUGACCUUGCUCCAGGUGACCUUGCUCCAGGUGACCUUGCUCCAGGCGACCUUGCUCCAGGCGACCUUGCUCCAGGCGACCUUGCUCCAGGCGACCUUGCUCCAGGCGACCUUGCUCCAGGCGACCUUGCACAACUACAGCUGAAGCAUGUUGAAGAUGUCGGAGUGAGGCUCGGGGCCAGUUCCUCCAACAGCGACCACAGCCUCGCCCCCACCACCACCACCCCUGAGAGUGCCAGGUCUCCCCAACACAGAGGGCAGACCUGUCCCCAACCUCACCCCAAUUAUGAUAACCAAUCAGCUGUAAUACCCUUACUCUCCCCCCUCAACGAACCCCUCCACGACCAUUGUCACUCUCACACUAAGACACUUUCAGUGAGCCUCGUCCUUGCUCACUGCUCCCCCUCCAAGACACCCCGUACUCGCCCGUCUUCGCUCACCUGUCCUUUAAUCCUAUUAACUCCGUCACCUCCACUUCCCGUCUCCCCUCUCACCCCUCGACGUACCGUACCGCACCGCUCACGACGGUACAGGACUAUUGGACCCUCUAUUAAGGUACCACAACUACCCAGCGUGAGAGAGAACGUUCGCAGACUCACCCCUGAACUUCGCCUUCAUCUCCAAGAGUCCCUACAGCGACUCCAGCAUCAGAAGGCGCAGACGGAGCUGCGUCAAGAACUUGUACAUCCCGUACAGGUUGAAGACGGCCCCACACCUGUGCUAGAACAGCUUGUAGAAGCACAGGAAACGCCAGAGCUCGAGAGAGGCGUAGACACCUGUAGGACGAACAACAGAUCUCCACCUCCGGAGACGCGCUGUAACAGUGUCACCAGCGAUUGCUUCAGUGACGAGAACUCUAUCUCAUCUGAUCUUAUAAGAGAUCACGAAUUUGUGCUUGUUCUCGAGCCUGAUGAAGACGAAUCUCAGAGCUCAAGGGCUGAAAGUAGAACAUCCUCGAGGAACACCCUUCAUGGCGAGUCAACGUCGGCGUCACCUUUAGCAGAGUAUCCCCAUUAUUAUGACAACGCACGUUUUCGAACUGUGGAAAAUGGCGACAACCGUUUUCUUCGACAGAGCGACUCAGAGAGCAAUAGUUUCCCGUUAACGACAUCGGAUAGAGAAAAUUGUAUUUCUGCUGAGAAAUUUGAAGGGGAUCCCAAAACAAAUCCCACAGCAAAUCAGCGUGCCAAAAGAGACUUCCUUAAACUAGUACCUGAGACUAGAUUAUAUUCUGUGAAGUCUUUACUUGGAUCUAACCAUUCUCUUCAACACACUUCUCUACCUGCAAAUCAGAUUAUCGGCUCGGACUUGAAGUCUCUCUCGCCUUCCUUUCCAAAGAUCAAUUUAGAGCCCCCAAGUCCCAACCCUCUACCCAGUGCCAAAGCCUGCCGCGGGCCAGACCCAGCGGCACCAUGGCACUCUCCAUAUAGUACUCCCACAACACCUCUCUCAAACAAACCAGUUGACGACGCAAGCAUCACUACAAUGGACAACGGAAAAGGCAAUUGUUGUGUGGGCGGCGGCGUGGGUCCGCUGAGCUUCUCCAUGUCCUCACUGUCGGGGUCGUGGAGCCCGGCCGGGGAGGGUGGUGGCGGGAGCAGCCUGGCCGCCACCCCGCCACACCUCCACACAAACUCUCUCAACAGACGCAAAUCAAAACGGAGCAAUGAUCGCGAGGAAGCCCGAAGAUCAUGGGGCCCUGCAGACAAGGAAGAGGGCAACAGGGACUUUUGGGCCUCAAUCCAGGAACCCUACGAUUACAUCAUGGGUAGCAACCUCAUUCCGGACUCAUGCCAGGUUGGUGAAACAAAUGGCGCUCCAUCGUCAGGAGAGUUCGAGCUGUGCUGGGACAGUGGAGACGUCUCGCCACCUUACGUUUGGAGUUUUUCUGAAUUCCUUGAUCAAUAUAAUGAGCUGUAUGAAUGGCUUAUACAAGUUCAACUGAAGUUAUAUUCACAUUCAAACCCACCAGACAAAGCAGCAAGGAUGGUCCAGCAGGAGGAGUUACGUCGUCGUACUUAUCGUCGGAAAUUAUUCGUUGAACAAGGCGAACGUGUAGCCCAGAGAUAUCCAGGUUCAGCAGAAGAAAUCAGCUGGAGAGUUAAUUAUUUGAACAACAAAUGGGACCAGUUGGAGAGUUCUUUGACUCCUGCAAAGGGCCGGAAUCAGGAGGUCGAGGUUGAAUUAGAUUUGGCUCAUGAGGAAGGUAUCCUGAAGCGAUGGUUGAGUGACAUGGAAGAUCAGAUCCAACCUUUGACGUGUCGUCUGCCUCGUGGGUGUUCCCUCCUUACUCUUCAGGAUCGUUACAAAGAUAAUCAGAUCCUGCUGAAAGACAUCGAGGCUCACGGACCAGUGUUGAAGAGCGUCCUCCGCCAGUACGAACGCAUCGCCGCGGCCGCCGCCACCGUGGCAGGAGGUCCUCCGCCUGCCCCAAGCUGCGAGACGACCACCAGCACCCAGGACCCCCCCGCCACCUCCCGCCACCAACACCCACCUGCCCGACGCGGCACUAAGGACAUCAUCCCCCGCAAGGCUCGCUCCCUAGAGAAGCGCUGGCACCAGAUCUACCUGCGCUCCCUCGAGUGGCACUACUACCUGGAGGGUGUCAUCGCAAACUUCAAGGUAAUUACGGGCGUGGUGAGGCAUGGCUGGCGUUGGAAGGAUCCGCACAGUUCGUCGAGCAGCGAGUCGGAAGAUGAACCGGUGAACAAACUGCGCCGGUUGUCGACUUCGUCAGUGUCGUGCGGGUCAUCGUCCUCGUCGUGCGGCUCCCCGUGCCCUUCGCCGUGCUUCGACUACCGCCCUCGACACACCCAUCGCUCCAGAUCGCGACGCUGGGUAGCCUAUGACUCCAACCUGUCGGAGGCUGGCUCAUACAUCGAGAUCGCACCGCCAGCCUCAUGCAGCAGUCCAGCUCAUGAGUCCAAGGAUGACUACGUGUGUGUGAGUGGGGAGAGCGAGUGUGGUUUGGCGACGCCCCUGCCAGCCACCCCCUCCACACUGCCCCAUCCAGAACCAAUGGUGGUGGAGCCCGAGGACCAGCCCCUCGCCGCUACACCCACCACGGCUGUCCAGGACGUUCCUGACGUCGGCGAGAGCUCCUGCAGGAACUUGGCCGCGGCUGCGCAGGACCACGACAUGGUGGGUAGUGCCGGCCUGGACACAGUGCGUGUUCGCUGUGGUCAGCAGUCUCCUGCAGACAUUCUGGCAGAGGUCACCAUGAUCCAUGACACUGCUAAGCCUUCCACUGUCACUACCGCAGCUGCCACUUCCACUGACCACGAGAUGGAGAAUGUGAAUCAAGUGAACGGUAACAGCCUGGUGUCUCCCGCAGCCACUGAGGACUCCGGCCUUAACCUAAGUUCUCCUUUAACUGAAAUGUCUGGCAGCAGCGAAGUGAGUCCAAUAAGGGAUUCGCCCUCCAAGACCAGCUGUACUAACGUUGAGCGGCCCUCGCCCAACUGCGCCACGUUUGAUUUCAAGCACCAAGACACUGACACCGAAGAAGCCGCCACCAAUACCACCACCAGCACUGCCACCGCCGCUUGUCAAGCUAAUCUCAACCUGGUUGACUGCGACCCCUCCAGGAACCGCGUCUACCAGAUCCGUCGGCGAGCCAUCAGCACGGUGCGCCGCGUGUCCGCCCGCACCAGGCUCGAGUUCAGUGGUGACGAAGAGGUUGAUCAAGAAGCCCUCCAAAGAAUUAUAGACACGGCUGUGCCCGAUGACCUGGAUUGGCUUAACUCAAACAUGCCGAGUGACAUCGAUUUUAGUGAGGAAGAGGAAGUGGUGGGUCAUGAGCAUAUGGACACUGGCAGCGAUGGCGGCACUCAGCAGCAGCAGCAGCAGCAGCAGCAUGCACCAGAGCAGCACGAGACACAGCGAGCGAUCAGUAAAGAGUCACUCACCAGGCUGGUUUGUGACGCAGAACGCCUGGUACGGGAGCCAAUGGAGGGUGAUGAACCACCUCCAAUAGUCUCCCCACGACCACAUCAGCUGCCGCUGAACGGCGUCUCUGGGUACAGCGGAGUGAGCAGCAAGCAGGCGCGAGUAAAGCAGUGGAUCGCUACCCAGCGUCGCGAAGUGCGUCUUUCCGCCACCUGCGUCCUGGACUCGUGCGACGCCUCAGGAGAGCUCACUACCGGGGAGAGCGACGUAGAGACGGCAUCAUCCGAUGACAUGGACGCCUCCACCGCUACACACCACGCCACCUCCACCAGAGGCUCCAUGCGGGGCUCCCAGAAGGGCUCCUUGAGGGGUUCCCGUGACCCGCUUCCCUCGGCCGACAACACUCCGACAGCAGAUAAGAUGACAGUCGUGCCACAGCCACCCGCUGCCGACGCCUCGCAGACCAAGGUGGUUAUGCGAAACCGAAAGCGGCGUUCGGGCGAGCAGAGGCCGUGGAGUGUGAGUGAGCUGUACCAGCUGGCCACCCGCCUGGACAUGGCCCCGUACUCCGUGUCGGAAACUGCGCUCCAUAACCUGCUCUCCGCCACCCCGGAGACCCCGACCAACGACAACCAGGCCUUUGGAAUAGGCGAUGCCACCGCCGCCGGCAGCGCUUCACUGGGGGAGUGCACCACACCCCCCACCACCACCACCAUCACCACAACCACCACUGUCAGCACCCCCACCACUGCCAACUUGAGCAACAUGUCUAAUUCCACUAUCAUCACCACCUCCACGCCAGUUUCCACAGGGCGCUUGUCUCCAGCAACUGCUGGAACAGGCUCCCUCAGAAGAAGGAAAACAAGAGCUCGCAGGAAGUCUAACCUUUCCCUGGGGAGACGAACGGAUUCCGGUUCGGAGGGCAUCACAUUGAACUUAUCAGGAGGUUCAGACAGCAUUCAUCUGUCGCCCAGUCGUCGUCUCUCUCUCUCAAAGUCACACUCGUCUGGAUCGGACACAACGGCACACUCCAGGAGACACAUCAUCAAGAGUUCGUCUUUCUCUGGAGCAUGCCGCGCUGGUUCUGGCGGGAUGACCUCCUCCACCGAGAAGUGUGUGUCAGACUGUGGAGGCGUUCUGGGCGUGCCCCGUACGCCCACACACGCCCAGGGAGACAACUGCUACUCCAGUGACGACUCUCGCCCGUCUAGCCCUGUACCGAUGAUCAGAGAAUUGGUGCCCAACCACAGUCCAGCCCACGCCGCCCGCACCGCCACCCACAUGAGCGAGCAAGAAGCCCAAAACACACAUGAGGACAUGAGUUCGUUGUCAGAGCAAGCGUGGGACCCUUACCAGGAAUACAAAUACCUGAGUGAGCCCUACUCCGAGGACAUUGACCAGGAGGCAGCGCGACGACUCCUGGACUUCGGCGACGACUACCGCAAAUACAUAGACUCGGACGGGGCGUCGUCCUUCUCUGGCAUCCCCCACAGGGGCCGCCGCUCCCCGCACCAUCGCCGCCUUCGUAACUUAGCUCCUCCGGGACCUCGCGACCUGGAUUCGGACUCCGACUUGGAUGACCUACACCAUGUGAUCGACGAGUCCAGGUCACAACUCACAGUUACAGAGAACGUCCUUAAGAAGUACUCCAAGGAAUCCGCUCUAGGAUUGGAUUAUGCGGAGCUGGUGGCCACGACGCAGACCAACAUAAAGUGCCUGGCGGAGGUGGUGCGCCACCUGCAGAUGGAGGGAACACUGGAGCCGGAACUACUGGAGGUCCAGAGUUGGGCCUCAACUUCAGACGAAUCCCCUGCCCCCUUGGACGCCGGCUCGACCCCACCCCUCCCCGGCACCCACGCUACUAGGAAGGUUCCAAAAGUUACUAGGUUGCUAAGGGAAACUCAAGGUAUCGUGCAGCGAUGGGAGGUGCUGCAGGCCCAGGCUGUGGAGCGGCAGCGCCAGAGUGGACAAGUGCGGGAGCUGCAGCGUCAGGUGAAGACCCUCCGUCAGGCCCUGGAGGCCCUCACAGACCGUGCCAACCAGUUGACGCACGCAGAUGAUGUCAGCACCCACCAGCAGCUGAACCUGAAGCUGCAGGAGGCGAAGAUCCUGCAACAGGAAGUGUGUGCGCGCAAGAAGGAGGUUUCGAGCAUCAACCUGGCAGUUCACAGGUUCCUCACCGACACUGGCUACUCUCUGGCGCCCCUCAAGGAUGAUGUUGCGGACCUUUACAGGAUCUGGGACGAAGCCGACCGACGGCUGAGUAGCGAGGUGUCCCGGCUGGAAGGUGUUGAGGACGCCUGGAAACGUUGGGAGACGCAGGCGGAGGAGCUGACCAGGGCGCUGAGGCAAGACGGGGAGACCCUGAAGGUGUUGGACACGGCCAUACAGACGGGGUCGCUGACUGACACCGAGACGGCCUCUGUGCAGGGUGUGGCUCGGCUGCUUAAUGAUAAGCGUAAGACGCAGCCGGGCAAGAAGCUGCUGCUACAGCAUACCAAGGCGCAGGGUGUAGACAUCCAGGGGUCGACUCUGUCCCUGAGGGCCUCAGGUGAUGAGCGUCUUAGUGACUCUGGAACCUCUGGCUAUGAGUCGUGUUCAUCUGAAGAACUGAGCGAGCGCGAGCUGCGCCUGGUGCACCUGCGCAGGCUGGCUAGGGACCUGGAAGCCUCGCUCCAUCCUAACUCUCAAGCCUGGGCUGCCAUUUGCAAGACACUGUCGAGCGCCGAGACUGAGCUAAAAGGGCUACAGAAGCAUUGUCGAGAACUGGUGGUGAGAUCGGCGGAGAGCCUUGACCACGCCAAGACGUCUCCCCAGCUAAGGAGACGCGGCUGGACGAGGGAGAACAGGGUUGGGAGAGCCUCCCGCAGAAGCAACACCAUUGGUGGCGUGAGUGGCGGUCGCGGGUGGGUGUGGAGAGUGGUGCGGGCAGCUCUGCCCUUCCAAGCUGCCCUUCUGCUGCUCUUCUGUGUAGCCUGCUUGUUGGAGCCCAACUGUUGCGAUCACGUGAACACCCUCAACCUGUCGCUGAGUCCCCAGGUCCGCUAUGUGCACGGCCCACCACCUGUCUGAGCCUCGCGCUGGUCUCGUUGUGUAUAUUUAUUCCUCUACCUGGGCCCAGUGCCCGGUGUAGAUACCCACCCCCAUGUACAUACCAUGGUCUGGUGUACAUAUAUAUGGCAAGCUACACACAUCCUGGUUUAAUAUGACAACGUACAUACCUUGCAGAGGCACGUGUGCACUGACGUCUCCAGGUAGUGUGUGUGUGUCCAGGUGGGCAGUGAGCCGGCCGGGUGAAUUAGCGUGGCCAGGUGCGGCGGCCGUGCUCGGGACAGGACCGGUCGGGGCCCCGCUGAGCGAGACGUGAGGCAGCGGAGGAGGCAGCUUCCUCCGCUGCCUCUGAGGAAGCUGCCCGCAUCCUCCAUACUGCGUCAGGUUUCAUAUUUUUCUAUCGACCUUAUACAUCGUAAUUAAGAGUAAAUGUAAAAAUGGAUGAUUUAACAAUAAAUUGUCAGUGUAAAGUGAGGGUGAUGUUCCUGUGUGAUAAAUGUCUCUCGUGGCGUGGAAGUGUUAUACAAAGCAGUGUGAAUAUUUUAUCUAAAUGUUCUGUAAAUUUAUUUGAUAACAAUUGAAAAAAAAGAUGCUGUGAAAAUAUUUUGUGGCUUGUUAGACAAGCCACAAGGCAACCGAUGGUUGUAUAUCAUACCGGCUUUUAUGGUGGACUUUCUCGAUAAGAAGUCAAGUGCGCGGAACCGUCGAGUCGUGUUUUCUGAGCAAUAAAGAUGAACAUCGCAGCGAUAACGACUUCAUGCACUCCGGGUCUCGCGCCCCCAUACCGAUAAAGACUUCAUGCACUCCGGGUCUCGUGCCCCAUACCGAUAACGACUACAUGCACUCGGGUCUCGUGCCCCAUACCGAUAACGGCUACAUGCACUCUGGGUUUCUCAUCUCAUACCGAAGACUGCAAGCAAAUCGGGCCCCACGGCGCUAGCCGAGGGCCUGACUCAACAGUCUAGGGCGGACAUGGGUUCUAAAUACUUGCUCGAGGACCUAAUCCCACAGUUUUGGGCGACCCAUGUUUCACGAUGAUGGCUGAGGACCUAACCUUAGUCUAGGGCGGCUCUCAGGUCCCACCUAAGGACCCAACCCCACAGACUAGGCCGGCCCAAGCUCUCCCCCUCCGAUGUUGGCUGAGGACCUAACCCCACAGACUAGGGUGACCCAGGGGGUCAGGGGGUCUCGAUGUUGGCUGAGGACCUAACCUCACAGCCUGGGGGGAUUCGAUGUUGGCUGAGGACCUAACCCCACAGACUAGGAUAACCCGGGGGGUCUCGAUGUUGGCUGAGGACCUAACCCCAUAGACUAGGGUGACCCAGGGGGGUCUCGAUGUUGGCUGAGGACCUAACCCCACAGACUAGGGUGACCCAGGGGGUCUCGAUGUUGGCUGAGGACCUAACCCCACAGACUAGGAUAACCCGGGGGGGUCUCGAUGUUGGCUGAGGACCUAACCCCACAGACUAGGGUGACCCAGGGGGGUUUCGAUGUUGGCUGAGGACCUAACCCCACAGACUAGGGUGACCCAGGGGGGGGGGGUUCGAUGUUGGCCGAGGACCUAACUAACACAGACUGGGGCGAGAGUUCCGGACCAAUCAGGCUGUGAUGGGUAUGUGGGCCUGUGGGCUGCUCCAAGCAACAGCCUGGUGGACCAAACUCUCACAAGUCAAGCCUGGCCUCGGGCCGGGCUUGGGGAGUAGAAGAACUCCCAGAACCCCAUCAACCAGGUGUCAACCCAGGGGGGGGGGGUCUCGAUGCUGACUCAGGAUUUAACUUUACGGUCUAGGGUGGCCCAGGUUCCACAAUACAGGUUAAGGACCCAACCCCACAGUCUGGCCCAGGUCCCGCGAUGCUAGCUGGGGACCCCACAGUCUAGAGCAACCCAGGCUCGUAUGUCGGCACACACGGGCACAGUCUAUUGUGCACGUCGCGAUUUAAACUGACAAAGAUCAUCAUGUAAACAUUUAGUUAACGUAAAUUGUUAUAAUUUCAUUUUAUGAAGAAAGGUGAACAAUUUCUAAGACAGGUUGGUGUGUGAACACGACAAUUCUAGUACCGAUGAGCGUGUGCCCUUCUGGCGUUCUUUAAGGAAGACUAGUAUCAUCCACCCGUGUUAAGGUUAACUUCACCACACAUGUUCACGAUUUGAUAUAAAAAAAAUUCUCUCACUCGCCUGGGUAACGUCGGUGACAAUCCCAGUGAUGCCGACCGUGCCAUUGGAGCUUCCCAGACCCUCUGUGAGAGGGCGGCAUCGUGAUCCCUUGUGAUAGGCGACUGUGAUGCCGCCUAAAUUUGGAAAUGCUCUUCAUAUGGGCUACACUGGUUUUCGCAGACAAUGGCAAGCAUUGACUUUGCGUGCAGUUGGUGCCAUAUCAGUUGACCUUCGAGUCUUGGCACGGUCUUGAACGUGUGCAUAUCACCCACUAAACUUAAGAUGUAAGGCAUGUAACACCCUAGUAUAGGCUUGACAGUUCAGCUCUCACUCUAACAACAACGUGGGGUGGGAUUCUUCAUAACCAGACAGAGAACGAGCUUGUUGCGUGUUGAAAAGUAAGUCUGGCUAGUAACUAAGCAAUAAUUAGAAAGUCAUGCUUGUGGUUAACAUGAAGGAAUCCUGUCUCGCCUUGGUUCAUUGUAGCCUUAAGGUCACUGCCUCCUCGGAGUAACAGGGGUAACAGGCCAGUCUAAAAAUCCGUGAUGAUUAUCGCAUUUCACAUUAAACACCGAAUUAUAAAUUCAUAUCGACUUUGAAGAGAAGUCGCCAUUUUCCCUGUUUCUCUGCCAACAAUGUAGUUUCUCGAGGAUGUUAAGCAUUAAAGGCGGACAGUGUGUGUAUUGGACAAGGUAGGUCAUGGGAAUUGUGUUUUCUUCUUGCAUAGACUUGUCCGUUACCGAACGAGUCAUAGACAUGGUUUUUUUUAUGGGUAAUUAAAGGCAAACGUGUAACUUUAUUGACACUGCAUUUUUAUUCUGUUAAAAACAUACCUUUUUAUUUAAUCAGAAUGGGAGAUUUAUUUUUCUUAUGGUGCUAUAGAAGAAAGUUGUGUUCUUGUCACUUAGAGCGGAUGGAUACGUUUUACGUAAUAAGUACUGUAAGCCAAAGUCUCUAAGUUUGUCAUGAUUUUUAGAAGCGUUUCAUGAUUUUUUGAUUCGCAAAUGGAAUUUAUAAUUUAUUUGAUUUGAAUUUUGUAAGAAUAACUUGUUUGAAUGGAAAAAAUUGGAUGAACUGAAUGCUUAUUUGUUCAGUAAACGUAGGAUGUCUGGGAGGGUUGUAGUACCUUAGUAGUUUAAGACUUGGGAGAAAGAAACUGUUGUUGGUGUUCAUUCACAAAUUCUCUAGCCACAGUCAUUGUUCCUAAAUGUUGAAUGUAUUCUUUAUGCUAUAGGAACUAGGGUGUCCACCUCGGAGUGGGUGGGUGGGUGGGUGUGGACGUGAUCCAUAGCCUGCAAGGACGAGUUUUCGGAUGUUUAGUUACUGAAGAUUCGGCCUUGUGAGCAUGGUCACUUCACACUGAGCUGUACUGCUCCCACUCACCAUAGAUGAAGUUCAAGGUUGCCAAUGGAAGUCGGAUUUUGCCAGCCAGUUUAUGAUUCCAGUUCAGUUUUUCCCCAUUUGCGCUUAAAAAUGUAAGACUUGUAACAAUUAAAAAAUAGUAUUACCUUUACCUAGAACCUCGGUUUCAUUUAGUAUCAUUAUACUUCAGAAUCUAUGGUUCGGUUGAGUCCGGCACAAAGCUGACAUUGACUAAUUAUCCAGGUGGUGCCUUACUUAGGCUGCUCCCGCUGCUAACACUGCUGCUGGCUUGUUUACCAUCUUACUGAGAGUUGGUAACGGGCCAAUCUGUCGUCACGGUUGUAACAUUAGCCAGGGGAGGAUGUUCUGGAGGAUCUUGUCAAUAAACUCAUUCUUAUCACUGCUUUUCUCUCUCUCACACACACUCUCAUACCAUUCCAUUCUAAAAUAAAAGAAUUAAUAAUAAUUAUUUGGUUGAAAGUAUUAAUAUGUAGUGAUGAACCACUAAAAAGUUUACUAUUCUAUUAUUGAAUAUGGCCAACUGGGACAAUUUUUAACAGCAACAUAAGUAUAGAACCUAACCUCUCUUAGCAAUCAUACGUCUAAUACUAUCUUGGACCUAAUGCAGUACAUAUGUAGGAUAAAAACAAAGUGAUGUAUUUGCUAAUUGUAUAUAAACAUUUACAAAGUCUUUAGCACUCUCCUGAGUGCUUUUUGUGAAGGUCUAAGUAUGUGGUUAGACAAGACUCGCAUGCCAACGACUAAUGCCAUUAGUCGUUGAGAUGUAAGUAUGGUUCUAACCACACACUUAGAUCUUGACAACGCACUCAGGAGAGUGUUAAAGACCUUGUGUAAAUGUUUAUAUAAAAUUAGCAAAAACACACGCACACGCACGCACUUGCUCUGUUUGGUCAGUAUUCACGUAUUAGUUAGUAUCCCUUCUGAUAAUUCCAAACAAAUCAUGUCUUAGAAGUCUGAUAACCCUAUCAAAUGUUUUAACUUGACCACAGUGCCCAGCUCCCGAGAUUGAUGUUUCCUCAAAUGAAUUAUUGUAAAGCUUAGCAUUUCUGGCAAUAAGUUCUAACUAUUUUUGUUCAGAUAAGUAAAUGGUAUUUGCUGCAAAUAUACACUUUACAGUUACACACACACACGAGCUUAACCCCAGGUGCUCCAUGAAAUCUUCCCUACGGUUUACAGUACAAAAAACCACAAUGUUUUUUAAGUGCCUUAGUGUCGUUGUCUCGUAGCUCUAUAUAGUAACGACAGGUUUGUGCCCAAUUCCGCAAAUUAACGUUAGCUGGCGACAAUAAUGUCCACACUCGCGGGUCGUUGCCUCAGCUUGAUCAGCCCAAAUGGGUUUCAAACGCCGCCAGGGGAUCGUAGCCUAGGGGUUUCGAUCGCUUCUAAGGGUUUCAAUCACCACUAGGAGUUUCGAUCGUAACUAUGGGCAUAGAUCGCUGCCAGGGGCAUUGGUCGCUGCCAGGGGUUUCGUCGUGGGACGAGUGAUCCUUGCAGCCACGGAGGCUUCGGCCCGCUGGGAUUGUGUCCAGGAUAAUAAGCUUUGUUCGGCGCUCCUCCACGCGGCUUUAGCUUUGAUAUGUUUGAGUGUCAUCCAGUUUAAAUAUAACUUUUUUUCAAUGUUUAUUUUAUGGUAAUUUGUAUUCUAUGAAUAUGUACCUCGACAUAACACCAGGUUCUUUCUCCUGUAUUUUAAGUAAUAAAAUCUAAAAAACAA